AUGUGUUUAAUUAAAGCUAAAUCUACUGUAUACAUUUUUUAUUUCUUCAUUUAUCAUCAUGAUUAUUUUAAACACGGCAAAUCUAAUAUUUAACCGUAACAAUUCUUGUUUUGUUUGUUUUUACAAAGCUUUUUUUUUUCCCCUUUUUUCAGUGUAAUGAGCAUUUGCCAAAUUUUCCUAAAAGUACUUUUUUAAAAUUCUUUUUCAGGGUUAAACGUGAUGGAAAAUCAAACGUCUAGUAACUCAUUCCACCAGAAUAUCACGUACGGCUGUAAUGAGGGGGAAUAUGCCAUCUAUGUGUCUUCGUUGUUCUUCGCUGGUGUUGGUCUCCCUUUGGCUCUCGUUGCGAUCAUCGCUCUUCGUUCAGUGGUACGAGCGGACCACGUUGCCCCCGUGUACGUCAUCAACCUCCUGAUCUCCGACCUCCUUCAGCUUUGCUGCAACGUCGUUUUCGUGGCAACAAAUCAGACGAAAAUUUGCAAAUACUUUUACCACAUUUUUAACUAUGGUCUCAUGGUCAGCAUUUGCUUCAUGGUGAUCAUCUCCUUGGAAAGGUACCUGAGUGUGGCCUGGCCGCUCUGGUACAGACUGAGGCGAAACAUCAGGACGUCAGUCAAAAUCUGCAUUGUGGCCUGGCUUAUUUGUCUGUCACUGUUGAUCAUUAAUGCAUUGAUGGGGGAAUUAAUAAUCCUUAUGGCGGGUUUCCUGCUCCUUCCAGUCCCUUUGUUCAUUUUUUCCCUGUGGGGAACUGUCAAAGCCUUAAACAGGGCACGCAGCGUUCAAACUGACGAAAAACGCAGGAUUAUAGCCGUACUGGUUCUAGUUCUGAUCAUUUACACGCUAUUGUUUCUGCCAGAUAUUAUUUUCUUAUCAUCAAACAAUAAAAAUGUUCGUGUUACAGCUUACAUCUUCCUUCGCUUCAGUCCUCUGGCAGACUUGGUUCUGUAUAUUUUCAUGAGGAAAGGGAUCGGUGACAAGAUUCUGGACUGUUUGUGCGGCAAAAUGAUGCCAGAUUCCUUCAACCAGUCAGGACAGAAUUCCGCCAUUAUGGAGUUGGGAAGUCCAGGGGAGACCUGGAUUGGAGACUGAGACAACGAUUCUAGAGACGUGCAGAUAGUUUUUUAGGAAAAGGAGGAGAAUUCCAAAAAACUAAUUUACUAAAGGGAAACUGCAGCCUGCGGUGACAGCUUUGAAAACAGCGGAAAAUAUGAUUUAUUAUGCUGAAUACGUCCUACAGGCUGUGAAUCAGGAGUGUCAAACUCAAUCACACAAGGGGCCAAAAUCCAAAACGCACCUUAGGUUUCUAACACCGUAAAACUACA